UCCCUAUCUAAUCAUCUUGUCCAUAAAAGCUCACUACAUCUUAGAUAGUACAUAUAGAUUUAAAAGAGAAACCAAAAAUAAUAAACCCAAACUAAGAAAAACAUUACUCAAGCUAGUAAAAUGUCUACUAUUAGCAUGCAGGUACCGAUCCUUAGCGUGCCACUAAAUUCUCUCCACAGCUCGAAGAGGAGACUUUCGAAACCAUGGCCGGUCUGUUCUAUUGUGCCCGAUGCUCACCUUCGCGUUUCUUGCUCGUCACAACGAGAAGAAGCUCAUCAAAUCCGACGAUCCGGAAACUAUCAGCCUUCCCUUUGGGAUUUCAAUUACAUUCAGUCUCUCAACACUCCUUAUAAGGAGGAGUGGCACUUGAAUAGACAAGCAGAGCUGAUUGUGCAAGUGAAAAUCUUGCUAAAGGAAAAUAUGGAAUUUGUCCAACAGUUGGAGUUGAUUGAUGACUUGAAAUAUCUUGGACUUUCUUAUUUUUUUCAUGAUGAGAUUAUGGAGAUUUUAUGCUUUAUACACAGAUGUUUCCAAGAUAAAGAAGUGGAUGGAAGUGAUUUGUAUCUCACAGCUCUUGGAUUUAGACUCCUCAGACAACAUGGUUUUAAUGUUUCCCAAGAGGUGUUUGAUUGUUUCAAGAACGAGAAGGGUAGCGAUUUCAAGGCAAGCCUUGGUCGAGAUACGAAAGGAAUGUUACAACUUUAUGAAGCAUCUUUCCUUUUGAGAGAAGGUGAAGAUACACUGGAGCUAGCAAGGCAAUUUGCAACAGAAAAUCUGCAGAAAACUCUUGAUGAAAAUGGUGAAGAAAUUGACAAAAAUCUAUCAUUGUGGAUUCAACAUUCUUUGGAGAUCCCUCUUCAUUGGAGGACACCAAAUCUUGAGGCAAAAUGGAUGAUAGAUGCUUACUCCAGGAGACCCGACUUCAAUCCAACGAUUCUUGAGCUCGCCAAACUAGACUUUAAUAUUGUUCAAGCAACACAAAUAGAGGAACUCAAAGAUAUCUCAAGAUGGUGGAAUAAUUCAUGUCUGUCUGAGAAACUACCGUUUGUGAGGGACAGGCUGGUGGAAAGCUACUUUUGGGCAAUUGGACUCUUUGAAACUCAUCAACAUUGCUAUGAGAGAAAAACGGCUGCCAAGAUAAUGACUCUAAUAACAUCUCUUGAUGAUGUUUACGACAUCUACGGUACACUAGACGAGCUUGAAUUGUUCACACUCACCCUACAGAGAUGGGAUACUGAAGCAAUCAAUCGACUUCCUUAUUACUUGCAAUUGUUUUAUUUGGUAAUCCACAACUUUGUUUUCGAGCUAGCACAUGACAUUCUUAAAGAAGAGGGUGUCAUCAGUCUCCCAUAUCUACAGAAACCGUGGGUGGAUUUGGUUGAAGCAUAUUUACAAGAGGCAAAGUGGUACUAUAGUGGAUACACACCAACCAUGGAAGAAUAUCUCAAUAUUUCCACCAUUUCUAUAGGAGCUCCUACUGUAAUAGCCCAAGUUCAUACAUCCAAAGACAAGCUGUAUAAAUACAACCACAUAAUUCGCCUUUUGGGGAUGCUCGUACGGCUUCCUGACGAUCUAGGAACAUUGGCGUUUGAGAUGAAGAGAGGGGACGUGGCGAAAUCAAUCCAAUGCUACAUGAAGGAGAGAAACGCUAGCAUGGAAGAGGCGGAGGAACACGUGAGGUUUCUGAUAAGGGAGGCGUGGAAGGAAAUGAACACGGCCGGCGCCGGCGGUGGUUGUUCGGUUAGGGAUGAUUUGGUUGAGACGGCGGCUAAUUUUGGAAGAGCGGCGCAGUUUAUGUAUCUUGACGGAGAUGGCAAUCACUCUGAACUACAUCAACGGAUUGCGAGUCUGCUGUUUCAACCAUGUGCUUCAACAAUAUACACACAUUAUGUCUCAAAAAACACAUGUGCUUGAAUAAAUCAGAGAAUUGAUAUUUCGAAA